UGCGGCCACCCCCCCCCAAUCCUCUGUGCUUAACGCGCUCGGGGGUCUCGAAAAAACGACAGCAUGGCUACCCCGCCCAAGAGAAGCUGCCCGUCGCCUGCGACCAGCUCUGAGGGCACCCGCAUCAAGAAAAUCUCCAUCGAAGGGAACAUCGCUGCAGGAAAGUCAACUUUUGUGAAUAUUCUUAAACAAGUCUGUGAGGAUUGGGAAGUGGUUCCAGAACCUGUUGCCAGGUGGUGCAACGUUCAGAGUACUCAAGAUGAAUUUGAGGAACUGACGACAUCUCAGAAAAGUGGUGGCAAUGUCCUUCAGAUGAUGUAUGAGAAACCUGAGCGGUGGUCUUUCACCUUCCAGUCUUAUGCGUGCCUUAGUAGAAUACGAGCUCAACUUGCCUCUCUCAAUGGCAGACUCAAAGAUGCUGAGAAACCAGUAUUAUUUUUUGAGCGAUCUGUGUAUAGUGACAGGUAUAUUUUUGCAUCAAAUUUAUAUGAAUCUGACUGCAUGAAUGAAACGGAAUGGACAAUUUACCAAGACUGGCAUGACUGGAUGAAUAACCAGUUUGGCCAAAGCCUUGAACUGGAUGGAAUAAUUUAUCUUCAAGCUACUCCAGAGACAUGCUUAAAUAGAAUAUAUUUACGAGGAAGAAAUGAAGAACAAGGCAUUCCUCUUGAAUAUUUAGAGAAACUUCACUAUAAACAUGAAAGCUGGCUACUGCAUAGAACACUGAAAACCAACUUUGAUUAUUUACAAGAGAUACCUAUAUUAACAUUGGAUGUUAAUGAAGACUUUAAAGCUAAACAUGAAAAUCUGGUCGAAAAGGUCAAAGAAUUUUUGAGUGCUUUGUGAUCUUGCUGAAGACUAGAAGCCCCCA